UUCUUGAGCUGUGGAAACAAACGCCGCUACGCACAUACCAUUCAUUACCAUAACUAUUACCAUACGAACAAAAAAAAUCAAUGCUGUUAUUGCUGCUACUCCUGCUGCCCCUCUCCUCAUACCCGGCCGAUCUACCAUCAUCACGCGUUUUACCCUACGUGGCACGGAUCCGACCAGGCUCGUUACAGCUAGCCGGGAGGGACUUAAGAUCAGCCACGUCUACCUCAUGCCUCAUGCCUCAUCCCUUCCCUUCUUACCUACUUGGGUUCUCGUCCCCGCUUCUCGAGAUACAUACACUACACUACCUAGGUAGAUCGCCCAAGUUAGGCACCGAGACAGAAAAGCCAGAGCCAGGUUUGGAAUAUCAUGUAGCCAUUGCAUUGGCGUUGCUGCUACAGCCUCUCGAACCAGCUUGGAAAGCCCGCCUGUUCAUCAUCCCUCUCCCGGUGGCGAAUCUCCUUCUCCUUCUUUCUGCAUGGCGGCAACUGGGACCGCACCGCCGGUUGUAUGUUGUUGUUAUGCGCCUUGCCAACCCCAGCUGGCUAGGCUUCCGAUAGGUCGCGCCAGCUAAUCGCCUAGUCCGUACAGCUAGGUACAGAAAGAGAGCAGCAAAGCAGCAGCCGCAAAGUAAAUAUGCCAGGUAAAAAAAU